GAGCAGUGUUGGCGAACAAAUUGAGUCCAUUCAGCACUUACGAAUCGGUGGCGAGAGACUGACAGACGAGUUCUCACAGCGCGCAGCGAUCGAGACUUUAAGAAACCGUCUGAAGCGAGCAGUGCAGCACCUGCAACAAUGACUGAGAGCGCACCAGCCAACGCCAACGACAGCGGUGGCCGCGGACGCGGCCGUGGACGAGGAGGACGCGGGCGAGGCCGCGGCAAGGGCGGCAAGGGCAGGGGCGGCAGGGGCCGCGGCCGCGGCAAGGGCCGCGGCGGCGCCGACCAGGCCGCAGAUGACGCGUCAGCGCUCCCGUACGGCGGCGACGUCCAGGCCGCGAUGGCCGCGCAAGAUAGGGACGCCGUCCGCGACCUGUUGAAGCACCAGGAGGCAUCUAGACCUAAACCACAAAAGGACAAAAAGAAGAAGCCCCAACCCAAGAAGAAGAAGGACCGGUGGUGGCGGACGUCGACGGAAGUGGAUCCUAUUUCUCUAGAACCGUUGUCGGAGCUCGACUACCCGCCCUUCGAGCUCGGGCCCCACUUGUUCGACGGGCGGGUGCUGGCUUUUUACCUGGUCAGCACGGGCACGUUUCUCAACCCGAUGUCGCGGGAUGAACUGUCGAUAGACGACUGCACGGCGCUCGACGCGUAUUUAGCACAAAAUAACUUGGAUCCUGCGAGAGUCGCCGACGCGUUGCGGCUCCAGAAGGCCUUGACCGUUGACACGGGUCGCGACGACUCAGCCGCGCAGCAGCAACAGCGCCAGGCGACGGCGGUGUUGCACGGCUUGUUCGGGUUCGCUAGGUAUGGGGACUCGGCGACGCGGCCCGGGGCGCGUAGAACUGGCGGCGGCAAUUUGCGGAGCGCCUACGACGAGGAUGAUAGAAGUUCGGGCGGCUUAAUCGACGACGGAGACAUUGGAGGCGACGAGAGCGACGAAGAGGAGGUCCUGCCGGAAGCGGCGUUCCCGACUUUAUCUAGCGAUGCGCCACGCGACAUUGAUCAAGGCGCGGGCUGGCGCCGCGCGGCCUCGUCGCAAGGGGGGGUAUUGGCCGCCUCGGCGCUGACGACGGAGGACUUCCCGACGCUCGGGGGCGGGCCUACACGUCAAUCAAGGCCCCAGGCCCCUGCUUAUAGGAACGUGGUCCGGCCCUACGCCAUCGACGCACACGAAGGGCACGUCAGGAGGGCGCCUCAAGUGCGCGACGAGCAGGUCGCGUUGCACGUGGCGCGGCCGCCGCAGACGUACCAGGAGGCCUACCCCUCUCUCUCUGGCUCUGGGGGAAGCGCUCGUGCGCGCGUCGUGGCCGAGCAGUACCGCGCGCUCGCGCUCUCAUCAAGACCGCAGCAACAACCUCAAUCAGGAUUGAGCAAGCGCGAGCGCGAGCGCGCGAGAAGGCGCGAGCGGGAUAGAGAAAGGCGGCGCACGGAAGCGGCGGGCCUCGCGCCGCACCAGGGCGGCGGCAGCGUCGUCGCGCGCAUCCGGGCCUGCGCCGGCGACGAGGCCCUCGCGCAGCUUCGGGAACGGUCGCUCGAAUUUAGAAGAGGCGAGCUGUCCGCGGACGCGUUGUAUGAUUCGGCCAAGGCCCUGCUGCCUAGUGAUCGGUUCCUGGAGCUGUUUGGGGGCCUCGUGAGCGUCAUACCAGACGGCGACGCGCGCGCGGUCCUCGACGCGCUCCUCGACGAGCGCCACCCGGAACGGUCCGGCGCCGAAGUGGAGGCGCCGGCGCCUCCACCGCCCGGGCUAUCGGCGCCGCCGCCCCCUCCCGCACGGCCGCCGCCCGCGGCUGCGCCGGCGCCGGCGCCACCACGGGCUUUGGCGCCGGGCGAGGCGCACUGGGCGGCGCCGCGGCCGCCGCCGCGCGCGCGCCAGCGGCCCGCGGCCGCGUCGGCGGCGGACUUCCCGACGCUGGGUUCGGGCGGCGCCGUGCCGCGCGCGGGCCCGGCGCUGCGCGGCUCUAGACCGCCACCGGGAUUAGCCGCCGCGCUCGCGAAGGCCACGGGGCCGGCGCCCGGCCGCCGGGGACGCACGGGCAUCGCGGUGGCGUCCCAGCGGCGCCGCGCGCCCGCGCAGCCGUCGCCGGCGCUCGCCGCGGCGGCCCAGGACUUCUCGGCGCCGCCGCCCGACCAGCGCGGGAAGAAGUAG